AUUCUAAUGUUUUGGUGAAUUCAUGUCGUUGCCUUUCAGUUUACAGUCAAAGAGGUUUUCAGAAGCUAUUAAUAACCUUAUUUGUAAUACGAAAUCUGUCUACAUUUAUAAACGUUGUUACUAUAGUAAUAUCGUUGUAAUUCUAUUCUUAAACUAACCGUUAACUGUGUCUGAUUAACCAGAAAGUAGCUGGGAAUUUAUAUCAUUUUGUUUUCUACUCACCUUUAUACUAUCCUUUUGCCUGGAAAUUUAGAUGCGAGCAAACCAAAGACUGGCUUCUGUCCAUAGUUUUUGACUAAUCUGUUAGUGAGUUGUAUAGACAAUUCUGUUCAAUUUGAGUAAAGUAUAAUUCAACCCUUGGCCUAGAUCAAGGGUUGAAGCUUCUUUAGUAAUUUAAAUAUAAGAAUUCUGUUGCUGCUUAGUGUUUAUUUGCAAUACUGAUUACGUCCAGUCUCUUCAAGUCAGUGCCAUACUCCAGGACCAACUGAAGCUAUACACACUAUCUAUAUGGACAGACUUGGGUAUUUCUUAUGUGUUGUGUCGCAUUUCUCUCGAAGUUUUCAAUAAAACUGUCUCAGAUUUGGGAUUUAAAUAAAGCAAAGUUCCAAACCAUAACAUUGAAUUAAGAUAUAGGCAGUUUGUGCAGCAUAAGUUAGGUCUGAUUGAAUUGCAUUACCAUUUCUAAUAAUUAACAAAUCACAUUGUCUUAAUAAGUUUUCCAUACUGAACCAGAUUACAUUCGUAAAAGUGCAGACUGCAUUUGAUUUAUUUAUUGGCUGAUUUGAUGAAUCGAUGUGAGAAUCUUAAGGAACGUGUUCAUGUUUUGCAGCAAGAGCUUGAAAAGAAACGUUUGCUUCUUCAGAAAGCUGAGAAGAAAUUAAAGUCUACUUUAAUCACCCAGCCGAGUAUUUUGUUGCCUGUAGCAGAGGAAACAUCUGAAAUAAUUCCGGAAGGUUCUGAAAUUACUAAUGUGAAACUAUGCGAAUCAAGUGAAUCACCAGUGCAAGGUGUACUUAUUCAACCUACCAGUGAAGAGUGUUGCAGACACAUAACUCUAUGUGUUUUAGGAUCCUGUAUUCUUUUAUCGGAUUCUCUGUUAAUUACCUUGUACGACUCUAAUCAUAUGCUCACUUUGUAUAGUAUAUCACUUUGUAACUAUGAAUCACGGCUAUUGUGGGAAAGAAAGUUGUUUGUCUCCGAAGUGACACUGUUGGAAAUUAUUAUACCUCCAGGUAGCUCCGCUAAAGAAACUGUUCAUAUAGGCGUCUUAUUGGCUGAAAGACACUCACAAAAAAGCUUACCAGUCCUAUUGCUAUCAUUAUUCAUGUUUUCUAUCCCAAUUGUUAUCAGCUUUACAGUGGAUAAUCAUUUAACUCAUCUAUGCCUUACGGAUGUACGAACAGUCCCAGUGAUAAAUACAAAUUUCAAUAUAGAUCGUACGUGUUCUUCGGGCAUUGUGUACGAAUUUUAUGUCAAUCGUAAAAGUGAUCUAAUGUUUGUGUUGUAUGUUCCUGAUAUGCUUUCAUACACCAUUCAUCAGUUAUCAUAUGAUGGGAAAUUAUGUUUAGUUCCUUUAUUGUGUCGCUGUGACGCAAUGGAUGCACCUAAGCCGAAUUUUAAUUCUUGGUUUACUGCAUUAAGUCAUUGUUCAGAAAAACCGACAUCAUUAUCACAGUCGGUUUGUAUUCUAGGCAUUCAUUUCAAUCCAUCAUCAACCGAACUUGUUGGUUGUCUCAUGCGCACAAACGACAGUGGGAAACACAUUGUGGGUGAAUACGUGUCAGAACGGUUUACGUUCAGUAAAUUGGUACAGAACAUCUACUUAAAUGCUCCAGUGAAACCAUGUUCUAAACUUUUAGUUGUUGCAGGUGAACGGCCUAAUUUUUUGGUGUUUUCCGUUGUUGUUAAAAGCUGUUUAUUAAAUUCAUGCACAUAUUACUUUACUAUGGGUGUUGUUUCAAUAAAUGGUAAACCUCGUGGAUCUGUUAUACGAUUAAUUCCUAUUCAUGUCGAUCAGCAAGAUGUGUAUGGAUCAGAAUUAGCUUGGAGCUUAUUUACUCCACAAAACAGACCGUAUAGUCAGUGUUUGCUAAGAUUCGUCGCAUCAUGUGCUGAACAAAGAAAUUUAACUAUCAGUGCAUGGUCUGUUAAUAAAUUAAUAACCGACUGUUGUGAGAAAACUUCCAACAAUGAAGUUGUCAAGGUUUCUUGUUUUAACUUAUCUGACGUAAAUAAGACACUUAACUUACUUAUUUUGUAUCAUUCAGAUUGUAUUUUCCCAAAGCAGAUUUGUACAUUGUACUAUAGUCGUAAUUUGAAUAAAAUUGUGCAACUGCACAGUUCAUAA